AUGGAGCUCUCGGCCGCCUUCGAGGAGCGCGUCCGGCAGAUGGAGGAAGCCCGCAACCACCGCCUCUCGCUGCUCCACGUCUCUCCCCUUCCCCCAUCAUCUCUCUCGGUGAGGGGAGAGAUCGAGGAGGCGGAGCGGAGGGAGGAGGAGUGGGACCGCUUCUACGAGGCCAAGAGGAAGGAGAUGGAGGAGUUCCAGGCGAUGUCGGGGCGGUUCGAGGCGGAGGCUCGCAACGAAGUGCAGAUGCUGAGGGAUUUGGUAUCUCAACUGAAAUCAACGCUACAACAGCAUCACGGCGGUGUGAUGUACUUGAACAACGCUGAGAUUACUGCCGCAGAAGCCAGGAAGUCUGAUCUCAUGGUUAAGAAGGCAAAACUGGACGAGAGCCUGUCUUCAGCCAGCCAGUUCAGAGCACUGCUGCAGCAGCAGCUCCAGAAAGCCUUCGCCUCACAGGUUGGGGAUCAAAAGGCAGCACAAACAACCAUCUGAACUUGAGAAUUUCAGACAGCAUAUACCGCUACAAGCACCACGAGGACACCUGCUGUCAAACGGUUCAGGCUUCUUAUCUUCAGUUACUGUUGAAAUUUGCAUGCUCCAUUGGAACGAUGGAAGUACGAGUGCCAAUGAUAUAAAAUAUGCUCACAGCAUAUGCAACAAGAUCUUUGCAAAGGCAUCUGGCAUUUCCAUAUUGCUUCUUCUCUUUGCUAAUGCAUUGGUAGUUGUACUGAUGCUGCAAAGUGUGCAGUGUACUCUCAUCAAUGUGUAGGCCUAGUCUUCCCAUUAUAUGCUGCCCAGAGUGGACGCUUUAGGGUUGGUACCUCCCUUCCAGCUACUCGCAACUACCCAUGCACUCGUACCAUUUCGUUAAAUGCUGCACAUGAGAACCUUUCAUGCAAUGUCAGGCACAAAUUAAUAAGUAGAUAGCCCACAAUGACAUAAUGCUGCUGUAAAUUCAUAAAUUUGAGGGGAAUGAAGAUAUUGCUACUACUAUUUGGUUUCGGUAGAUCAUGGUUGUACAAGGCAUGUUUUGAAUUCAAUACGUCUUCCAUAGAAAAUAACGUACUCGACCAAAUGCUCUUUUCCCACAAAGUCACAAACCUUUUAUGUCCCUCGAUUGUGGAUACAUAUAAUAGAUUGCAUAU